AUGAUCAGCCUCACUAAUCUGCAUUUUCUUCCAUCAACAAUUGCUGACCACAAGAACCAGUNNCCUCUGUCGCUGAUCAUCCCUGCCAAAUCUCAUCCCGAAGUCAUCGUACAAGCUGUCGCAGCCCGUGACCGAUCCAAAGCAGAAGCAUUUGCGAAGUCGCAUGGCAUUCCAGAAGUCAAGGACACAUAUCAAGGUCCGUCCUGUCUCCUUACAGUUUUUGAACAGGCGCUGACGGAACAAANNGAUAUUCUUGAUGAUCCCAACAUCGACUGCGUCUUCAUCCCUCUGCCAAACGGUCUUCACUACGAAUGGGCCGUUCGUGCGAUUCGUGCUGGCAAGCAUGUUCUUCUUGAGAAACCUUCGACAUCAAAUGCGACAGAAGCCAAGAUCCUGUUCAAUAUGCCUGAGCUCUUUCAGCCAAACGCUCCGGUCAUACUUGAAGCUUUCCACAAUCGCUUCUAUCCAUCUUGGAAUCUGUUCAAGUCAAUGAUCAAUCCUGCGGAUGUGGUCCAUGUCACUUCGAACUCGAUGAUUCCAUGGUGGGCUUCUUCCAAGAACGAUAUACACUUCAACUACAACAUCUCCGGCGGAACAAUGAUGGCCAUGGGUACUUACAACUAUGCAGCCCUUCGUCUGCUGUUUGACGCCGACCCUGUCGAGUGUAUGAGCUGUGAUACCGGAGCUUACACUGACGGUGUCCACGACAAAUGUGACUACGAAUUCCAAGCCAAAUUCCGGUUUCCCAAUGGCGGAAUUGGCGAGGCGAGCAGCACCCUCCAAGGUGGAACUAUUCUCAAGCCAUCUUUCGUAACUGUGACCACCAGAGAGAUUUCAGUGCCUGACGACACACUCGCCGAUGACCAAGAAAAGUUUCAGUCGCAGAUUCUGACUCUGAACGGCAUGAUCCAUGGCGUUUUCUGGCACCGCAUCGACAUCAAGAGCAAAUUCGAGAUCCGCAGCAGAGAAACAGGCAAAGUCGUCGAGAAGUGGGAAGAGAACACAUCCCGCAAGGCUUACACGUUCAAGGAAGCAGGCGGCGAAUUUGCCGAUCUUCCUGGAGAGACUUUCUGGAUGUCGUACAGGUACCAGCUGGAAGCAUUUGUGAACAAGAUUCGUGGUCGGGGAACCCAGCAUUGGGUGGAUGGGCAAGAUUCAAUUGCGCAAAUGAAGAUGAUCGAUAUGGCUUAUGAGAAGAGCGGUCUCGGACCCAGGCCAAGCAGCUCGUUCUCAUGA